AUGGAGAUGUUUUCGCCGUACCACCCCAACAUUCAGUACCUUCAACUACCUGCUGUCUGCUGUUAUGUCCGAGUCACAAGCAGAUUUCCUGGCCAACUGAACGAUGAUCUUCGCAAACUGGCAGUCAACAUUGUUCCAAUCCCACGUCCGUACUUCUUCAUGCCAGGCUUUGCUCCACUUACCUCCCGUGGAAGCCAGCAGUAUCGCGCCCUGACAGUCCCUGGGCUCACCCAGCAGAUGUUUGAUGCCAAGAACAUGAUGGCUGUCUGUGAUCUACUCCAAGGGAAGAAACCCACGUGUGCCGCCAUCUUCUAUGAACAGCUACCUGUUAUUAAAGAGACUGUCCUAGUAUGGCGUCAAUGUAAACUGUGUCUGAAUAAUACGACCUUUGUAGUGUCUAAAACUACAAAUUAA